UUAUUAUUUUGUUUUACUCAUUUUUAUUUCAUUGUCCGCGGGGAGAGCAGUUUACGAGCGAUCUGCGCGGGGGUGGAGGUGGCUGUUUCAACUCUCGCCCCGGUCUGCAGCUGGGCUUGUCAGUCUGCGCCGCGUUGAUGUUGCACUUUCCCCCCAAAGAUGGCACUGGAUGUCUUUUGCAUUUUCUUGGGAUAUUGUUUUUCAUCCCCUAGGGAGCCCCGCUCCUGGCUGGUACAGCUGUAAAUCUUUCCCUUUUCGCGUUCAUUCACCCUUGGUCUGUUGUGGAUUUGUAUUCAGUGCUUGUGGAGAAGGCUGCUUCUUGUGUGGGGUAGGAAGAAAUUCUUUGCUGGAGGGUGGUGAGGCACUGGCACAGGAAAAAGCUGUGAAUGCCCCAUCCCUGGAAGUGUCCGGCCAGGUCGGAUGGAGCUCUGAGCCACCUGGUCUAGUGGAAGGUGUCCCUGCCCAUGGCCAGGUGCUUUGGGACUGCAGAGUCUUUUAGGUCCCUUCCAACCAAGCCAUUCUGUGAUUCUGUUCUGUAAAUUAGAAAUGAGAGUGUUUGGUUUUCUGUUUAAUCUGGUGACCACAAAGCCCACACAGGUGAUGUUAGAUGUAAAAUGAAAUCUUUGACUACUGGAUGAGGACAAAGAUUUUGUGUCACAGCAGAAGCUGUCACUUUCUGCCCAUAGUGACUGCCUGCUAGAAGAAACAUUUCCUCUUCUUGUUCUUGCUGUGUUUCCACGCCACGGUGCCUUUUACUCUCUGGAGUGGGGAACAGCUCCAUGCUGGCUGUGGUCUGGGUACACAAGACACACUCAUAGCAUUAUUGGAUGAGUUUUUGAAAUGCUUGAUAGCACUUAGCUUUCUUUGCUUUCAGGUGAGCACUUAUGGCAUCCCGGGGGGGAGUGAAAAGGGACUUUUCCUCUGGCUGACAGUAAAGAAAAGCAGUUUGUUGUCUUGGUUCCCUGCAUAAAUGUGGCACUUAGAUACUCAGCUACAUUUUUGUGUAGGUGCAGAACUGUCACUGCAGUUUUCUCAGUGUUGCAACCUCAUGUCUCUAGCUAGGCAGGGUGGAAAGGGAUGGAAAUGUGUAACAUCUCUACUGUUCUCCUACUAUUUAAAAGAUAGAUGAGCAGAUGUUCUGUUUAUUUGAGAAGCUUUUAAUCUGUCUUGUGAAAAUGGAUUUGUUCUCUGUUUGUGUUUUGAGGUUCUUGUUGAGGAGUUUUUAUCUGCUCUUAACAUUCUCCUGAAUGCUCAGGUACUUUCUGUUUGACACCUAGUUCAUCUAAGCCUUUUCUACCCCAUUUUUCUUUCUCACUCUGGCCUGUGGUCAGCAAAUAUUUGAAAACAGGUUGUUUGCACCCUUGCUUUAAUUUUAUAAAGGAGCAUAUUAGAUGUGUAGGCUGAGUUACUUUCUCACAGAAAAUGUCUUGGCCACUUGACAGCACUUAGUUCAGGACUCUGUAAUGCACAUACGUCACUUUAAGAGGGAGACUUUCCAAAUGCACUAGGAAGCAAAUCUGUGGAGCUUUCUGAUGCUGCAGAUUCAGGCAGAGGAGUGAGAACUGGGCUCGUUCCUCACUCUGCCAUACGAAACAUGAAUGUAGUGGUGUUCUUGGCUGUUUCCAGCUCAGUGUCGGGGGCAUUUGGAAUUGCUGUUGCUAGAGACAGAUGUUGAGUUCAGUAGCAAGGGAGAGGCACUUCCCGUGGCUUGCCAAGAAAGUGUACAAGAUUUCAGAUGCAUGCCAGGUUCCUGCUGAAUGCCAGCAGAAGAGAUCACUACAGAUGGAGCCCCAAAGUCAGCAUGGCAGCGGCGGCUCCCUGGUGGUGAUUCAGCAGCCCUCCCUGGACAGCCGGCAGCGCUUGGACUAUGACAGGGACAGCCAGCCCACGACCAUCUUGUCACUGGACCAGAUCAAGGCCAUCAGGGGCAGCAACGAAUACACCGAGGGGCCGUCGGUGGUGAAAAAGUCGGGUCCGCGGACGGCGCCGAGGCAGGAGAAGCAUGAGAGGACUCACGAGAUUAUACCGAUUAAUGUGAAUAAUAACUACGAGCACAGGCCCGGCCACGCGGGGCAUGUGGCCCAUCAGCCCAACGCCAGGGCUCCCGUCCUGAGCCGCUCCACCAGCACGGGCAGCGCGGCCAGCUCCGGCAGCAACAGCAGCGCCUCCUCGGAGCAAGGGCUGCUGGGGCGCUCGCCGCCCUCCCGGCCGGGCUCCGGCCACAGAUCCGACCGGACAAUCCGGGCGCAGCCCAAGCAGUCGGCGCUGAUCGUGGACGAUCUGAAGGGGCCUUUGAAAGAGGACUUGACGCAGCACAAGUUCAUCUGCGAGCAGUGCGGGAAGUGCAAGUGUGGGGAGUGCACGGCGCCGCGGGCCCUGCCCUCCUGCCUGGCCUGCAACCGGCAGUGCCUGUGCUCGGCAGAGAGCAUGGUGGAGUACGGCACCUGCAUGUGCCUGGUCAAAGGGAUCUUCUACCACUGUUCCAACGAUGAUGAAGGGGACUCGUACGCGGAUAAUCCCUGCUCCUGCUCCCAGUCACACUGCUGUUCUAGGUACCUGUGCAUGGGAGCCAUGUCCUUGUUCCUGCCUUGCUUGCUCUGCUACCCUCCGGCCAAAGGAUGCCUAAAACUCUGCCGGGGGUGCUAUGACCGCGUCAAUCGUCCGGGGUGCCGGUGCAAGAACUCCAACACGGUCUAUUGUAAACUGGAGAGCUGCCCUUCCCGGGGUCAGGGCAAGCCCUCAUGAUUUUGGGAGGGAGGUUUACUUCCUCCAACUUCAGUUUUUCAGGUUGUAGCUGAUUUUUUUUCCCUGCCCCCAUCUUUUCUUCUUCCCCCCCCCCCCCCCCACCUCCCAUUUUGGGAGGACUGUUGCUUUCCUUUCCUUUCUGUCUGCCCAACUUCAGACACAUGAGCUCUUCCCCUUGCAUCUUUGCUCUCCUCCUCCUGCUGACUUGGCUGAGUGUGGAGCGUUUCACGCAGUCGCUGCUGCUCUUUGGUAAGUGUGGACCUGGGAUCUGCACCUGCCGCUCCUUCGGGCAGGGUCUUUGAGUUUGUAACUGAACCACUCCUGAAAGAGACAGUGAAGGCUCACUGGGCUCUUGAAGCUUCUUGCUCUGUGAAUAUCUUCCCAAAGAUGGUUUUUUUUUUGUUCUUAGCAAGUUAUGGUUUUUUUCUCCUUAACCUCCUGGAUGCCAAGGAAGAAUAACUUUCCUGAGUGAGCUGGAUUGUGAAAUAACUUUUUGUGUGUGUUCUUUCCGGAGAGGGAUGUAAAAUAAAGGCUUCACCAAAUGAAAGGCCUAACUCUUCUAUAAGCAGCCUGCUUCUUUUUGCAUCUUUUUUUUUUUCCCCUCUCCUUUUCUCUUAACUUUUGGAACAUUCUCAGACCUGAGAAUUCUCCAGCCUUUUUUUUCUUUUUUUCUUUUUUUUUUUUUUUUUUUUUUUUUUUUUUUACAUUUUCAAUGUAACUUCAGUUUUUGCUACACUGUGUAGAUCUUCACAUUGGAGACGUUGUGGCUGCAACAUACUCAUUUGUUUCUUUUGCUGUCCAGUCUUUGAAGGAUAUUGCUUAUUCCAGCCUCCUAAUCCAGUUUUUAUAGUCUGUCAGUAUCAGUUGAUAUUAAAGUUGGUGGUGUUCAUAUAUCCAAACAGCCUUCAGGUGUCAUUGAGUCACCUAAAUGUUCUUGAAUCCUUCAAGUCUCUUGUGAUCCUUUGGCUUAGUGAGUUUAGCUCUGCUCUGUACUUUAUAAUUUUAUUCUGUCCCUGUUUUAUUGCCUUAGCCACAAAUUGUGGUCCUUUUUUGUAUAUUUUAUGUAUAAAACACAAAGUUGAAUCCCAACUAUUUUUAAGACAAAAGUCUGUUAAAACUUUUUUUAUUGUAAAGAAUAUUUAUUAUGUGAAUCUCUAUUAUUUUAUGAUAUUUAUUGCAAAAGACUUCGAAAAUGUACUCAUGUCUGAAUAUAACAAAAUAUCAAUACUUAACGAAAUAAGGAUGACACGAAGAAAGUACAUAUGUUAACUAUAAUGCAGAAAAUAUAUUAAUUAAUGAAAACGCCUCUGGAGUUCUUUUGUUACAACUGGCAGGUUGUGAGCUAGAUGUGUGCAUUGCUGGGCUGUCCCUCCUCCUUCAGCUCUGUCAGGUGGCAAAUAACCUCCUAUUGAUACUUCAAAGCCACUAGUCUGUGCUCUAGUUUAGUUUACCUAAUUUUAAGUUUAAGCCAACUACAUAUCAAAUAAGGGAUGUUUAAUACAAUUGAAUCUGUGUUGUGCUUAACAGUGCCAAGAAAUGGAGGCUCUAUUUAUUUACCAAAGCAUUUGGAAAUACGUUUGUGGAGGAGAAAACCACAACUUCCAAGUUGGUUUCUUUUUUGGUGUUUGUUUUGUUGGUUUGUUUUUGUUUUUUUUUAAAGAAUACCACAUUAACAUGCAAAGCCAUUCAAAAUUUUCCUAUGUAGAACUUCAUGGCUGGUUAAAUUGUGCAGCAGUUGAAGAAUUUAAUCUCCUCACCUCAAUUCUAAAUAAAAAGUUUGGAGCCAGGAUGAAAAAUA